AUGGAUAGAGCCGAAGCCUCAGCCUCUUCACUUGUCCUCGAGAUCAGCUGUCUCUACGCCGCACAGUGCCUGAUCCCCGCGACUCUGCUUAUCGCAACAGCGAAAAAGUCGAUUUUCCGCUACUUUUCAGUUCCAUGUUCACUUUUACUCGCGAACCGGGCAAUACACGUUGCUUCCACUUUAGGGCCUGGUUUCUUCUGGUGUGAGCUCGCUCGCCUAUUUGUGACGAUCAUCUUCCAGUGUCUGAACUUAUUGCUUAUCAAUCCAAAAGAUGGCAGCGAUAUCCCUGGUGAGGUAGACCAUGGUCUUGUGGCUCGACUCUAUUACGCGACCGGCCUCUUUACUCAGCCUCGAGGGAUUCACACGGCCUGGCAGGUGAAGAAUGUCCCAUCACAACCCCAGUAUUAUCAUCGCAGAGGCUGGACGAUCCCUCUCCGGGGUCGUUUCUUGAUUAGGCAACUAUUAAUCGCUAUUUGGCAAUAUUUGGCUCUCGAUGUCUUCGCUACGCUUGCGUUGCAAGAAGCCUCUGAUCAAAAGAAGCACGAAAUGCUAUCUCCAGUUGUGCAAUGGAAUCUAUCAUUUGAACAAUGGAUUGAGCGAAUUGUUUCCAAUCUUGUCGCUGCAUUUGUGGUCAGUCGAAUAUUGAUCGACUUUCACCAUCGUGCUUUUUCUAUCAUCGUUGUGGGACUUGGUCUUGAUGCGCCGUCAAAUUGCCCUCCCUUAUUUGGAAAGGCAGCAAACGCCUACACGCUUCGAGGAUUCUGGGGUAAAUUUUGGCACCAGCUAUUGCGUCAACCUCUCGCCUCCGUUAGCACAUGUAUUACUCGGGACUUACUGGGCUUAUCACCGAAGUCUUUAGCAGGGAAGUACAUGAACAUCUUCACUAUCUUCUUCUUCUCCGGCGCGCUUCAUGUCGUACUUGAUAUUGUGCAAGGGAUUCCGGCGAAGGAGUCUGGUGCCCUACUGUUCUUUUCCAUGGCUCCUCUGGGGCUUCUGAUUGAAGAUGGCAUUAAAAUGAUUUGGAAAUCCUUUGUUGAUUCGAAGAAUCGUAGCCAGACAAACAAGACAGCAAUCCCACGGAAUCUCCCCACGGAAUCACGACCUCUGCCAUUUCUCAUACUUUCCGUGUCCUUAUUCCUGCAAGCUUCUAUUCGCUUCUUCACUCGGUACUUCCCUCUCGCCCGACGAUUCAUCAUGACUACCGCCGCGGUGUUUGGCUGUACCGGAGCUGUGGGCUCCCAGAUCCUCGCCACACUUCUCACCUCAGAUGUAGCUUCAUCUGUCAAGACCAUUUCCCGGAGACUUCCAAACGCCCAUUCCCCAAAGCUUCAAGCAAUCAAGGAAGGCGACAUUACGAAAUGGGGAGAAAUACUCUCUUCCUUUUCCCCCAAGCUAUCCGUGGUCUUUAACGCAGUCGGUACCACCCGGGCGACAGCUGGUGGGAUCCAGAACCAGUGGAAAAUUGACCAUGAUUUAUGCGUUGAGAAUGCCAAAGCUGCCAAGAAGGCUGGAGUGGAAACAUACGUGUACAUCUCCAGUGCAGGGACCAGGGGUCUUCUCUCUAGCUAUGUACCCUACUCGAAGAUGAAGAUUGGAGUUGAAGAUGCUAUCAGGGAUCUCAAUUUUGAACACGCUAUCAUUCUACGCCCGGGUAUGAUCAUCGGAAGAGAGAAGUCGAAAGCUCCUAUGUUAGAGAAGAUGGUAGAGAGCCUCAAGAAUCUGUCGCAAGGUGUUCAGGACAUGAUAGGUCAAGAUCAAACGACGAUUGGUAGAGCUGCCGUCGCAGCUGCUCGCAUGGCUCAAGAAGGAAGUGCGCCCUCCAAGUACUGGGUUCUGGAACAGGCCGAUAUCGUCAGACUCGGUACAGACGAGUGGAAGGACUAA